AGUUCGCUUAUGACUUACACAAACCAAAAUACUUGUGUUUUUCACUUUUGGUAUGUAUCGAAAAAAAAUGGAUACAUAUAUAAUAUUAAAUGCCUAUACCAUGAAUAAUUGUGUAAGUAUACAGGCUACAGCACAUGUACAGUACCAUUUGAUACAAUUAUAUUAUGUAAAAUAAAAUAUUAAUAAUAGUAAGACGUACCUAUGUGAACGCAUGCAUUCAAUUAUAUAUUAUCAUACCGCAGCAAUAGCAACGGAGACGCAGUCACGGUGCAGGAUUUGCACGUUACCGGUCACCGCCGCGUGCGCGUUAUAAUAUUACAAUAUGAAUUUGGUAUUACAAUAACGAUAAUAUUAUUAUAAUAAUAAAAACAACGAUGAAUAAUAAUAGUAAUAAUAUAUUAAACGAAACGGAGCGGAGCGCCGAGCGGCUGACGCGCGCGCGUGUCUGGCCGUCGGGAGGGGGUAGGGGGUAUAUAGAGGGAGAUACGAUCGCGUACCUAUAUAGUUCCGAUAGCAGCCACGCUGUUGGCAUCCGUAGCACCACGAGAGGCCACCGACCGCAUAUAAUAUUAUCAUACAGCCGCCGCACCGGACAUUGGCGAGCGAAUCGUCGAAGGAACCGAACGACGCGCGCGGGAACCCAGUGCGCUUCAGCACGGCGAGAUACUACACGCACGAAACGACCGUCAGCCAGUCUUCCGACAUCCGGUUUCCAAUAUUGUUUAUUGUUCCGCACCAUUCGACGUGCACCGUCACCAUGACCGGCAAACAUCACCUGGAAGUGGCCGUGCCGCUGGACAGGACCAUCAGCCUAAACGUGCACAACCGGCAAGGUGGCGCGGCCGCAGCGUCCCGGUCACCGUCGUCGCUCAAGGACCGGUGGUACAGCUUCCGGCACCGGCCGGGCGGCGGCGGUGGCGAUCAGCGGCGGCGGUCCAACGUCGAGGAGUUCCUGUUCAUGGAGAGCCUACCAGACACGCCAGCCGCUGACGAGCCGCCGUCCGCGGCCGGACAGGAGAUCGAACUGUCCAUAACCAUACGGAAGGACACCAUUAGGCGGGAUCUGAUGGACUCAAUGCGCACGUGCAACGGGCGGCUACAGCUCAUGGAACUCGUAGAGCUCGACGAGUUCGACCCGGGCGGCGUGCACCCACCACCCAACCAGAGCGAGCUGGACAGGCUGCUCUGCUGGGCUGUUUACAUCGGCGCGCCGACAGAAUGCCUGGACACGCUGCACGAGUGCGGCGCCAACUUGCACUAUUCGCACUGCGGCAACAUCACGGCCGUUCAUUUGGCCGCCUUCAUGGGCAACGCCGACGCGCUCAGGUGGCUAAUAAAAAAAAAAUGUGACAUGGACACAAUUCAAAGUGGAUAUACACCAUUACAUUCAGCUGUUAUGGGCAACGCUUUAGAAACUACAAAAAUUCUGAUAGACCAGAGAUGUAAAGUAACUGACACAGUAUUACAUUGUGCAGUACAAGCCAAUGCUGUAGAAUGUGUCAAGUACUUACUAAACAUUGGUAUAGACCCCAACACUUUGGAUACCAGCGGGAAUACACCUCUUCAUUUAGCAGCAGAUAAAGGAUAUACAGAAUGUCUAAAACUUCUUUUAGCCAGAAGUAAUAAAACAAUAAAUUUAAAUUCUAAAUCCAGGCAAUCGACGGCCUUGCAUAUGGCGGCUGAAAAUGGAUAUACAGAAUGUGUUCAAAUACUUUUACACACAGGGUCUAGUCAUAGUGCGGUAAAUUACAAGAAUCAAACAGCUUUACAUCUAGCUGCCAAAGCUCAAUGUGCCGAAUCUGUUGUUAUAUUAUUAGAAUUAGGAGCCGAAGUAAAUGCUUUAGAUAUCGACAAAAGGACAGCAUUACAUUCUGCUGUUUGUAAAGCUUAUUUAUCAUUCCACGUGGUUGAAGUAUUGGUAAAAUGGGGGGCAAAUGUCAAUAUUAAAGAUAGAUAUGGGUACGCUCCUCUUCACAUAGCUGCUUUAAAUGAGUUAUCCCAAUGUGUCGAUUUUUUAAUCAUAAAAGGAGCUGACAUAAGUUCUAGAACAGUAGGCGGGAUGAGUGCUUUAAGCAUAAUAAACAGAAAAACACCCACAAGUAUAAAUACAAUUAAAAAAAAAUUUGACCAGGCAAUUACAUUAAAUGACCAAGCUUCCGCCAAAGAAGUUGAACUAAUAAUGGAUUUUCGAUACUUAUUACAAAAUCCUAGUCAAGGGGAAAUCAUUUUAUUACAUACAUUGGAAGAAUGUGGUCAAAAGGCUAUGCUUGAACAUCCAUUAUGUAAAGCAUUUUUGUACUUAAAAUGGCAAAAAAUUCGUAGAUUUUAUUUUGUACGUCUGGUUUUUGAUGCAAUUUUUGUUUUACUCUUAACCACUUAUGUAAUGACAGCUUUAGCACAUGAUUGUUAUAAUAAGUCAAGAAACCUAACAGACAAAAAAAAAAUAACUCAUAGUCAAGAACUUAACGAAUUGGAGAAUCAAAAUGCCUGUCGUUUAAAUGUGAAUGUAUUUGAUUCACAAUUAAUAUCACACAUAAUUAUAGAAUUUGUUUGGUAUAUAUUGUUGAUAUUUACAAUCAUCAUAAUAAUCAGAAAAUUAAUUGGUACAACAGGAUUUACUUCAGUCAAACAAUAUUUCUUAAACAUUACUAACAUUGUUGAAUGGUUUGUGGUUGCAAGUGUUUUUUUAACAUCCUUUUUAUAUGGAAAUAAAACGUAUGACUGGCAAAACCCUAUUGGAGCAUUUGCCGUUUUGUUUGGAUGGUCAAAUUUAAUGGUGAUGAUUGGCCAGUUACCUAUAUUUGGAACAUAUAUUGCAAUGUUUACCAAAGUUCAAAAAGAAUUUGCUAAAUUGUUGCUAGCUUACUCAUGUUUGCUUAUAGGAUUUACAAUAAGUUUUUGCACACUAUUCCCUACAUCAGAUGAUUUCAAUAAUCCCUUAAUAGGUAUAGCAAAAGUUCUAGUAAUGAUGACAGGAGAACUUGACAUAGAUUUGCUAUUGAAAUCCGAAGAAUCUCCAAUUAUUUUUAACGUAAGUGCUUAUAUAACUUUUAUACUGUUUAUUGUAUUUGUUACUGUUGUAUUAAUGAACUUGCUAGUCGGAAUAGCAGUUCACGAUAUCCAAGGUUUGCACAAAACUGCAGACCUCUCAAAACUUGUCAGACAAACUCAACUAAUUCACUCUCAAGAACAAGCAUUAUUUCAAGGUUGUUUACCUAGGCGUGUUAUAAAUUUUUUUAAUUGGAGCGCUAGAGUUACACCAUCAGCGUAUCGAGUGGUACUUUAUGUAAAACCAUUAAAUCCUACAGAAAAAAGAUUACCAAAAUACAUAAUGGAAGAUGCAUUGAAUAUAGCAAGGCAACAACGAUUAAAUACAGUUGACUAUAAACAAGCUAUGUUAGAAAAUAAAAUGGAAAACAAGGCUUUAGUUGAAGAAAUUAAACAACUAAAAGAAAUUGUACAAAAUCAACAAGAUCUCUUAUUAAAGCUUAUUAAUAAAUCUUCAUAAAUAUUCCUAGUCUUAAUUUGUAUUUGUUAUGUAAUUUAAAUAUUAUAUGAACUAUGUUAUAUUUAAAAAUUAUUGAUGUGUUGAUAAAAAUAUUUGAAAAUAUUACUUCAUUAUAAUAUUGAAUUAUGAUCUUGUUAUGUUUGUCAUGAUAAAUUACCUAAUAAUAAACCCUUAUAUGUUUUUUUAAAAAAAUAAUAAGAGUAUUUUGAUAUAUAAGGGUCAUAUUUUUUAUUUUCCUAUGACAUUUUCCUUUAACUCAAAAUAAUCCAAUAAGUCAAUAGUUAUGUAUGGGUAAAAUGAGGUAAUAUUGAUUGGACAAUAAAAUAAUAUAAUACAUAAACAAGAUAACUUUUACUGUUCUGAGUUCUCCUUUCAUUAGUUAAUACACAGUUGUAUCUUACAUGCUUAAAAUACAAAUCUUAAUUAUCAUAAAAACUAAUAUUCUAAGCAUGCACACAUCAGCAAUUUCCGUUCAAUAAGGACACAUUUCAAAUUUAUAAAUACCACAUUGUGAAUUUAAUUUCUUAGUAUUUGACGUUCAUAUGUUGUUUAUAAAUGUUAAUAUAAACAAAAAAUAAGCCAGAUCUUAGAUUUAUAAGAUUUUGUUACUGAAAUUUAACUAUACGCAAUGUGUUUUUGAUUACUGAUAAAUAAACUAAUUUCAAACACCCGGUGGUUCUUAAA